AUUCAUUACAAAUUAAUUUCUAUUCCUAUGUCGCAAAUGGUCACAUAGAUCUAUUUAUAUUAAUUAAAUUUGCGCAGAAAACUCAAAACUGUCUGUCACGAUAGCAAAUAUUUUAUUUCGCACUAGUAUUUAGCGACAAAAAACAGUGAAAGAUUACAAAAAUGACGAUCGAAGGUAACAAGGACGAGGCAGACAAGUGUAUUGAGAUUGCUCAGUCUGCGUUUUCUGCUGGAGACGUGGAGAAAGCUGAACGUUUCCUACUAAAAGCUGAACGGCUGUACCCAUCUUUACGCGCUAAGGAGCUAUUGACUCGAGUUCGAACCGCCGGGGCGUCGGGAAAUUCGUCAAAACGUACUCCACCUACCUCUCCCAACUCUAGUAAUGAGGAAACGGUACGGAAACGCAAAAUUCCAUCCCACCAGCCUCCACAGAGGGAAUACACGCAGGAUCAGUUGGAUGCUGUUAAACGCAUCAAUACAAAAUGCAAGGACUACUAUGAAAUUCUUGGAGUAACAAAAGAGGCAACAGACUCCGACAUAAAGAAAUCCUACAAGAAACUCGCGCUGCAGCUCCACCCUGACAAGAACCACGCGCCUGGCGCCGCUGAGGCCUUCAAGGCGAUCGGGAAUGCCGCAGCCGUCCUAACAGACCCAGAGAAGAGGAAGCAGUACGAUCUGCGAGGGGACGAGCCCGUACCAACGCAGCACUCCCACCACCAGUACUACGCGAGGGGCUUCGAGUCUGAUCUGACUGCUGAGGAACUCUUCAACAUGUUCUUCGGAGCCACUGCGUUCCCUGGCGGCGGCCCGACAGUGUACACCCGUCGCCGUGCCCGGGAGCCCGAGCCCCGGGAGACCCACGCCGGGCUGGUGCAACUGCUGCCCGUGCUAGUCCUAGUGCUGCUCUCCAUGAUGUCAGGGUUCUUCAUCAGCGAGCCGGUGUUCAGCCUCACUCCAAGCUCCAAGUACCCAGUGCCCAGGGAGACUGUUAACUUGAAGGUACCGUACUAUGUGAAGGAGAACUUCCAUACUGACUAUCAAGGCUCGUUGCGUCGACUGGAGAUGGCAAUUGAAGAGGAAUAUAUAGUGGGUUUACGUCACGCGUGCCAGCGCGAGAGAAACUUCCGAGAGAGUGCGGCGUGGAAGGCUCGCACCUUCGGCGACGCGCGACAGUACGCGGAGGCCCAGAGGCUGCGCACUCCCAGCUGCGACAAACUGCACGCCAUGCACGCCUAGGUGCGUACAGCACCUAGUAACAUCGGGGGAACAGGCUCUAACAGUAAAAUAUACGGGGGAAAAUUCACUAGCUGUAAAAUUAACGGGGAUAUAUAUACUAGUAGUGUAAGCGUACAGUUGCUAGCAACGCUGUUUCGCCGGGGGGGAACUUUCACUAGCAGUAUAAUCGAAGGGGGUAGUUGCUAGCAGGACUGUAUUGCCGGGGGUACAGUUGAGAACAUAAUUGUGUUGCUGGGGGAAUCAGUCACUAGUAGUAUAAUCACCGGGGGUACAGUCGUUAAGUAUACUACAUCACCAGGGGUAAUGUCGUUAACAUUUGGAGAGGUAACAAGAGCUACCUCCUACACGUUGAGAUAUUUUCUAGAGUUUUUUUUUAUUAUGACUAAACUGAAUGUUUUAUAUACAAGAAAUUUUUAAAAUAUGUUUAAUUUCAAUCAGUAAGUAGAUCUACUCUGGAACUCAAUAUCGUUUUCACUACAUUAUUGUGAUUUUCAUUUAAAUACCAACACGAUUUUAUUCUUCACUGUGGUCCGGACCCUGCUUCGCAUGGGUGCAUUAUAAAUCUUAGAAUUCCUCGGCUUGUUCUGUACUAUAACACGCAUUUUUUAUACAUAUAAACCUUCCUCUUGAAUCACUCUAUCUAUUGUUGAAAACUGUAUUAAAAUCCAUUGCGUAAUUUAAAAGAUUUAAGCGAACACACAGCGACAGUGAUUUUGUUUUAUACUAUAUAAAGAUUUCUUUCGUAAAUUAAGGAAGACAAAACUAAAUAAAUGGAUAACAAAGCCAGUUAAUUCUUUUAUUGAAUACGAACAUUGCUAAUGGUCAAAGAAAGUGAAGAAUGUAAGAAGGUUCGAAACGGCGCAAUCAAAUGUGAUCGGAAUUAGUUUCCAGAGUAGAUUGGCUGCACUGCCCAAAGUAUAUACUUGUGAGGCCCUCGGCCUAUUCUUGAAUAGCUACAAAUACGCAAUUUAAUUUUCUUUUUAAAAAAUUACUAGCGAGCCGUUAAAAAAUAAAAAACUUAUGGAGUUUUCUGUAUUAUAAUAUGCAUGUAUGAUACAUAUAAACCUUUCUCUUGAAUCGCUCUAUCUAUUGGUGAAUGUAUUAGAAACAGUUGCGUCGUUUAAAAGAUAUAAGCUUAGACAGCAAGGGCUAUUUUGGACAAAAUGUUUGGCCGGAAUACUGGACAGUCAUCGGGCAAUAUUGACAGGUAUUCCCGAACUGUAUUGGAAUGUGAGUACUUGCAUCUGUGGCCUUCAAAUCUAUAUUGUGAUAUGGAAUGGCUCGAUAUCAACUGCUUUGGACAGCUCUACUUUGGUUAACGAGAUAAAACAUAAUUUUGUAUAUAUUCUAGUCUUAAAAAUAUAUUGUUUAAUAAAAAUUAUGGCAACACAUGAGUAGUGUACCGUCACGUGAUGAUGUGAUGACAGUGGUGCUGUUCAUGUAUAUUGAUGACGGUGAAUAUCACUUACAAUCAAGUCAGACAGUCCAAUUACAUAAAAAAAAACAUUUGGAUUGGGUUAUAUUAUAAGCUAGCUACCUGUCUAGCUAGCUAACCUGAUAAGUUCCCGGCCACACAGACAGAGUCGCGGGCAAAGACUAGUAUUUUAUAAGUAGCAACGAGUGGUUUUUAAAGUUUGUUUUGUGAAAACAAUUUUUGAAUUUUUCAUAUUACUUUAGUUAUAUGCUGAAGCACUAAUCAACGAAUAUUGUAUGUUAAAAUCUCACAUAUAUUGAAGUCAGUGAUGUAAUAAUAGGAGUGCGAAAUAUCACGGGUCCUAGAGGUCCCCCGCUUCGAAAUGCCGUGAGCACAGGAGUAAUCAAAUCGUAUAUAUCUUUAUUUAAUGUUAGAAUUUGUAUAAAUGUAUGAAAUAACUAUUGAUAUAUUAAUUAUAUUGUUAAACUGAAGUGUUAGAUGUAAAAAGUACACAAAGCAGAAAGUCAAUGUCAGUAUUGUUUAGUCCUGGAUAGGCUCGAAGGACCAAUGUUUAGUCCUGGAUACCCAAUAAGACUAGUGGACUGUGUUAAUAGAUAUAAUAUAAAAACUGUUAUAAAAUACAGACAGAUGCACAUUAAACUUAGAAUGGUGGGAUGAUUUAGUAAACCGGAAAGUGUCGGCGCCGGUCGGACAAGUGCCGGCAUCCUCCACCGGCCGCAGUUGUCGAUGCUCAGCACCGCGCCCGCAGAUCGCGGAGC